AUGGAUAAACAUUCAGCAAAAUCCGCACCCAAGAGAAUCCUCAGCAAGAUAUUCCCAAACUCCAAGAAGAAUAGCUCAGUCUCCCCUCAAAACGAAUGGACUCCAGAAUGGAUGGCCACUAUCUCCACCUCUAAUGACGAUAGUAAUUGGUACUCGACUGCGAUGACUCAUGCUACGCUCGCCAUCAUGUCUACAAACGAGCAAGAAGGAACCAGUCAUGUCAGAGAUCGACAUGACGAAGAAGACGAAUCUAGGCCGUCCAUGCCCAGACGAUACAGUUUCUCUACGGUCCAUGAUAACGGGAGACAGAGAUUAGUCGCCGCAAAGAGAGCAGAGUACCAAGCCAAGAUGCAGGCGUUUGACGAGCUCAUACAACGAAGGCGGGGUAGUACUUUACGAAUGGCCCUUACUCCUGACGUUACUUGCUAA